GCGCUUAUUAAAUAAUAAAUCCCGAAAGCCACGCAGGGCCACCGUUGUUGUACCACUGCACUAGAGCUUUUCGGUACUGGCAGUGGUGUGGUGGAAAGAGCUAGGGGGCCAAAAUCCAGGGACCAGAGGAGCAUCCUAAUUGUGUACGCAACAACAACCGUAAUACUACUACAGUUAUACAGACUCAAGGGUACAGACAACUUGUUCCUUUGCACAUGAUCAUCAAGGCUUGUCGCUUGUGUUGUCGGCAUUUUUAUUGGCAAAGCCCACCUCUAAGAAUUUGUGUGGGGUAUGAUAUGAACGCUUUUUAGGAUGAAUUACGACAAAUGUUGCCUCUCUUCUAUUUUUAAGUUCGGCGACACUGUGAUGUCACCUCACCUUGUGCUCAAGAAUUAGUUUGGAUCUUAAUAUGAACUACGGAAAGAGGUCUUCCUUACCGAAGACAAACAGAAAAAUAUGUGAUAUGUAUGAUGAUGGUGAAGAUAGUAAAGAUACCACAAAGAGGAAAUCUCGCAAUGCGAGUGAGAAGAAGAGGAGAGAUCAGUUCAAUGUACUUAUACAGGAGCUAUGCUCAAUGGUUUCGACCAAGACGAGAAAGCUGGACAAGUCCGCAGUCCUCAGAGCCACCAUACACUUCUUAAAGGCUCAUAAUGACAUGGUGAUGAAAUCCGAGAAGAACGCAAUCAACGAAAACUGGAAACCGUCGUUCCUGUCUGAUGAUGAGUUCAGUCAGCUGAUGUUAGAAGCUCUGGAUGGUUUUAUGAUAGUCUUCUCUCAGCAAGGCCAUAUCUUGUAUACCUCAGACAGUGUCAUCUCUCUACUGAGACAUUUACCGAAAGACCUUGAGUCCUGUACAAUCUAUGAACUUAUCCAUGAAGAUGACAGACCGGAGAUGUUCAAGAUCCUCUCCAGGGCAGAUCCGUCCAACGGCACACCCGACAUCCUAGGCCAGAGGUUCUCCUUCUCCUGUCACAUGAGGCGAGGGACAUUAGAGCCGGACAAACCUGCAGAGUAUGAACCCAUCCGCUUCAAUGGCAGCUUCUCCCUGCUUAAGACAGGCCAAGCGGCGGCUUUCACUGACAUGGUCACCACCCCUAGGUAUUGCUUUGUAGCAACGGUCAGACUCCUCUCCACGCAGCUCAGUAGAGAGAUGGCUACUUUCACAGAGAAGGGGAACGAAUUCACAUCAAGGCAUAGUCUCGACUGGAAAUUCCUCUUCUUAGACCACAGGGCUCCUCCAAUCAUUGGUUAUCUACCUUUUGAAGUGCUCGGUACCUCGGUGUAUGAAUACUAUCAGCAGGAUGAUCUGGAUAAACUCGGCAGAUGCCAUGAAGCAUUGAUGCAGACGGGAGAGGGAAAGUCUUGCUAUUACCGGUUCUUAACGAAAGGGCAGGAGUGGAUAUGGCUUCAAACACGCUACUUCAUCACCUACAACCAGUGGAAUUCCAAGCCAGAGUUUAUAGUGUGUACCCAUCAAGUAGUCAACUAUGCUGAUGUUCGUAAUGAUAUCAACAAGGAGUUGGUAUUGACGGACAGCAAGAUGAGCGGUGCAGAGUCGGACAGCACAAAUCUUUGGGACUCCAGCGCCUCUGAAUCGGCAUCGCUGUCCACGUCGGUAUCCUCCAACUCUUCCCUCAACGUGCCCCUCUUCAGCACAGGAAAACAUGACAGAUGGCAGUCAUCCAGUACAGAUGAAAGUGUAUCUUGCACGAGCAGCUUAAAAGCACCCAGUUUAUCACACACAGAAAGCAGGAGUGGACGACUUUCACCUAAAUCACGAUCUGAUGAAAGUGUAUCUUGCACAAGCAGCUUGAAAGCACCCAGUAUAUCGCACACAAAAAGCAGGAGUGGAAGACUUUCACCUAAAUCUGAAUCACUAGCUUCGAACCCCCCUCAGCCGCCACUACCCCCUCUGCCGCCUCUACCCCCGCCCUCUCUACCCCCACCCUCUCUGCCCCUGCCCCCUCUUCCCCAGCCCUUUGUAGCCCAGCCCUCUCCGGUACCAGGCACGUUCCCUAAUAAUGGCCCUCCACAAGAACAGCCCGCACCAUCAGAUAGCAACCUGACACCACAGCAGAUUACUGUUAUCCAGUUGAAACUCCAGGAGCAAUUAAUGAUGAGGCAUCAUAAGCUCCAGGAUGCUAUCCUUCUGCAGCAACAAGAACUGCAGCAGGUUCAACAGCAGCUCAUGAUGGCCCAACAGCUAAUGAUGCAGCAUCAUCCCAUGCUGGGUCAAAUGUUCAUCCAGCAGCAGGAGCAGCUCAUGGGGUCCAAGACUACCCCCACAGAAGGGUCCGGUCAGGCCACGCCCAUGAGUUCUGGUCCAGCCACGCCCAUGGGUUCUGGUCAGGCCACACCCAUUUGUUCUGCUCAGGCCACGCCCAUGAUGUCUGGUCAGGUCACGCCCAUUUGUACUGGACAGGCCACGUCCAUGGGUUCUGGUCAGGCCACGCCCAUUUGUUCUGGUCAGGCCAUGCCCAUGGGUUCUGGUCAGGCCACGCCCAUUAGGUCUGUUCAAGCCACACCCAUGGGGUCAGCACAGGCCACUCCCAUCCCCUCCAAUCCAUCUGUCCUGCAGCUGGAACUGUCGAGGAGCCAGCAACCGCAGCACUCGUCCCAACAUCCUCAGCAGCAACAGCAACGAACGCAGCACUCAACCCAACAUCCUCAACCGCCACAGCAACAAACACAGCACUCAACUCAACAUUCUCAGCCGCAACAGCAACAAGCACAGCACUCCUCCCAACAUCCUCAGGCACAACAGCAGCAACAACAACCGCAGCACUCAUCCCAACAUCCUCAGCAACAACAGCAGCUACUGCAGCAACAGAUACAGCAACACAAGCCACAGCCUGCAUCACAUGAGACUAUCUCAAUGGAACAGCUUGUUCAGCAUCAGCUGUCUGCUGGGGCUAUGUGGCCUUGUAGCACACCCAACCUCCUUGAUUUGCCGAGUAAUGCCUUACAGUCAGCAACAAGGGCUCCGUUUGCUAUGCAUCAGACUCAUCAGUAUCCCUCCACAAGUGGACAAUCAUUGCAUCGUGAACACCUAACCCCUCACAGGACUAACAAUACCGCCCCACCACCACCCCACCAACAGGUGGGCCCGCCCGGCCAGCAGCCGACGCCCCACCUCCCCCAGGUGCCCCUCAACUGCCACUCCUUAGCCCAGCCUACCAUGCACUCCUCAAUGACAAUGCCCCCAGGGGCGCAAGCCGUGCCCAUGCAGGACCUCUCUUGCCUAGGACUUCCAACGCUGGACAUGGGCAGUGACCAAUACAUGCAUCAAUCGGAAGGGCAAGACAAUUUAUAGGGGUGCAUGGCUGCCCCCCUCCCAUGGAUUACCCCAUGGAUUUUAAAAGGUGCUUUUAUUAUGUGGCAUGGAGCCUUGAGUGUACAUGAUGCAUCAGACACUAUAGUGCACGCAUUGAUUUUGCAAUGGAAGGGAUACUAGAGGAAACACCCUGUUUGCAGUGAAACCUUUAUCCACUGAUCGCUCAUAUAACCUUCUGGUCCAAACCAUUGCCUGUAUGGUGGCUGCGGACGUGCGCAGAGAAUUGAGGCCUUUUCUACAACACCGCUCUUUACUUGUCUAAAGCCGGCAGGCACCAAAGACUACAUGGUUUAUAUCUCGUUGAUGACAUGUGGAGUACAGUGUAUUAUGUCCAAGCUACUGUCGUAUGUGUUGGUAUGCCUGUUCUAUCUAACCGUACUACUCAUCGCUUUCUACGUGACGGCAGUUCAUCAUCCAGCAAAACUAUAAAUGUACCCAACGAAAAUGUGUUGUUUUAUCUUGUGUGAUCGGAAAAGUGCCAAUCAGUGUAUAGUUAGCACAUUUUACAUCUACAGGUUUUUUUUUCUUUUUCUUCUUCCAUUUUCUUUCUCUCGUACUGUGAAGACGCAUCGCACAUCCCUAUACUACACAGAUGUACAACAAUAUUCGGUUUCAAUGUUAAUGCACAAAUUUAAAAAGAGUUGUACCUUUUCAUGACCUUUUUUUUGCUUCAUGACAAUUUUUGAUACCUCUUCUAAAGUAUAAGGAUUAGAUAAAAAAAGGUGCCUAAAAGAUGUGUCUGUGUUGCAAUUUUGAAAUGAUGUGGUACACAUGAUUCGGAAGAACUUGGUUUGUUUUACAAGCUUAUUUCCAUGUGUUUGUAGAGGAGAAAGACAGAAAAGUGUCGGUUUCGUGCAAAUUAGAAAUAUGUAAUCAAACAUCUCUAUUAGAUGCUUGACCUGCAUCAGUCUCAUAGGAUAGCAAGUGUAUCACCCGACCCUACAAGACAAUCGUUGGGAAGGACCAUUACUUACGCCAUGCAAAAGUGUGGAAAAAGGAUCAUGUAAUCCUGUUACUGCCCAUGUAGAAAUUUCCCAGAUAUUCUUAUAUCAUUGUCCCUCUGUUAUUACACAUGCCUUUUAUUCAUAGCGAUCCUAUUAGUUCCCCCAUCUACCCUCACUUAGAAUUAUCCAGUAUAGAAACAUUGUUUGUUUGGUACCAGAAAGUCAUUAAUUCACAUCAUAUUACAUAGAAUACUGCUCUACUGGCUCCAAACAGAUGGAUAUCCAAUUCUUUCUAUCGUAAGGUAGCAUCGGUGGUUUGAGAAAGUGAUAGAAAUGCUUCUAUGUCUUAUUGACCAUCAAAUUAUACAAUUUUGUGCAAUCGUGACUUAUUUCUUUUUGUUGGAGAGGGCGGCAUAGUGUGAAUGGUUUUUAUCGAAAUGAGAUGGUGCUGGUGGUGAUGGUUUUACAGUGCCUUGACGUGAAAUGAAAUUAGAUGACACCAAAAGCACAAACAAAGUAAGUGCCUCUUGUUUCUCAAAACGGUAGUUAUAUCUAAAGCCAUGUACAGUUUUAAUAAGCAAAAGUUGAUAGAUGAUACUUUCAAUUGAUAUCUGCUCCUUAGAAAAAUCUAGAUUUAUUCAAAUAGGAUAUAUAUGAAAAUACUUAAGAUUCCCUUUAGACUUUAGAUUUCCCUUUAGAUUUAGAUUCCUCUGCUCCUGACAUCUUUAAGGAGUUUCAAAUUUACAUCUUUACGUAGUUUCAAGUUUACAUUUUUACAUAGCUUUAGAGUUUUACCUUUUGAGAGCUGUCAAUACCCAGCAUCAAAGUCACUUGUACUUGUGAGUAGCUCUUUCUGUUCCUGUACAUGGGCCAUAAGCAAACCCUUUCAUCAUGUUAGUAUUACAAUCAUGUGCUGGUACCUAGAUAGGGUUUUAAUUAGAAUGAGAAAGAAAUGAGAGCUGAUGUAUAUACAAAUUAUGAACAUAUUUUUUAAAGUGAGAGAAUGAUAUUUAAAAUAUCUUUUAAUUAUAUUUUGUGCAAUAUUGGAAAGGCAGCAGUUGAAAGCAGAACAAUUGACUAUAAAAUUGAAAGUGAAAGGUUUGAAAAUUUCAUUUUUAAUUUUUUUUUUAUCAGUUAAUGAAAUGUGUUGGAAUCGUAGAGGUGUUUUUUAUUCUUUUUGUGUGAAUAAAGUCUUGAAAAAUUGAUGAAUUAUGGGGAUUUUGUAAUCAGAAUAUAUUUUUCUCACAAGCUUAAAAGAAUUCAACAUUUGCAUUGUAUUUAAAAGAUUAUUUUUACUUUGACGUACUUGAUGAAUUAUACGGGCAAGAUGAAAUAUGGACCAAUAUAGAUAUAGAUAUGUGCAGCUACAGUUACACGCUUUGGGCAUUUGUUUCAUUUUAACUGAAGAAAGGUCAUUGCUCAAAAGAAAACAAAAUAAUUCAACUGUUCCUUACCCUGUAUUUCUAAUCGAAACUUACCAGUGUAAAUUAUUUGCAGAAAUUUACUAAUAAGAUGACUGAAAAUUAUUUCAUGAGCCACUAAGCACUGAAAUGUGCAAACAAAGACUUCUAAAA